GCCACUGCUCCUUACCGUAGUGGAGCGCGUAAGCUUUGAAGCCUUGUUGAGUGUUGACAACGGCCGAGUCGCCGAUUUCUCUGCCCGACCUCCAUUGAAUUUCGAAUCACGUAAAGCUUCAUUCACAUUCAUAUAAACACAGCGGAAGAAGCUUCGUGAUUCUUCACGAACCUCGCAUUCAAAAACCUGUAUUGAUUAAAUAAUUGAAGAAUUCCCUUGCAUUCCCCACAAAAUCCAAAGAGUUUCAUAGAAGAGAGAGAUAUGGGGGUGGACUACUACAACAUGCUGAAGGUAAGCCGGAACGCGAGCGAGGAGGACCUGAAGAAGGCGUAUAAAAGGUUGGCGAUGAAGUGGCACCCGGACAAGAACCCGGCCAACAAGAAGGAGAGUGAGGCUAAGUUCAAGCAGAUAUCCGAGGCUUACGACGUCCUCAGUGACUCUCAGAAGCGCCAGAUCUACGACGUCUACGGCGAGGAAGGUCUUCAAGCUGCCGAGUUUGCCAGCCCUAACUCCACCGGUGGGCCCUUCCCUGCUGGUAACUCGGGCUUCCGGUACAAUCCCCGCGAUGCUGAUGAGAUUUUCGUGGAAUUUUUUAGCGGAUCCGGCGGGGAUAGGUUAAGGAGCGGGAAUGGGGAGGAAGUAAGGAGGAGCCAGGUAAAGAAGAAGGCGAAUCCAAAAGCGGCUGCGAUCGAGAGCAAGUUGGCGUGUACCUUGGAGGAGCUUUACACGGGUUGUCGUAAGAAGAUGAGAAUUGCGCGCUCUGUUCCUGAUGAGUUUGGUAGGCCUAAGACUGUUGAAGAAAUCCUAAAAAUAGAUAUCAAACCUGGUUGGAAGAAGGGCACGAAAAUUACUUUUCCUGAGAAAGGAAAUCAAGAACCUGGCGUUACUCCAGCUGAUCUAAUUUUUGUGGUGGAUGAGAAACCUCAUGCUAUUUUCAAGAGAAAUGGAAAUGAUCUGGUGGUCACUCAGAAAAUAUCAUUAUUGGAGGCUCUUGCUGGGGUAACUCGUAAUCUGACAACCUUGGAUGGACGGAAUCUUGCAAUCUCAUUGACUGAUAUUGUAAAACCCGGCCAUGUGAUGGUGAUCCCAAAUGAAGGAAUGCCCAACUCAAAGGAACCAAGCAAGAAAGGAAACAUUGUAAUUAAGUUUGACGUCAAGUUCCCGUCAAGGCUCACCGAAGAACAGAAAUCUGACUUGAGGAGAGCUCUUGGUGGAGCUGAUAACUAGUUCUGUUGAAAGGCCUAGGGUUAUAACCAUCCAGGAACUCUGAUUGAUAUUGCUAGGUCAGUUAAAUGUAAAUAUACGGGCUUCACUAAUAAAGAAAAAAAGAAAGAAAGAAAGGAGGAUUGUGCAUGGUAGGAAGGAGGUUUGAAGGGAUGCGAUUUUUUGUUGGUAGCACAAAGUAGCAUAGGAAAAAGCAGCAUCCUCAGCUACUGCCUUGCCUGUCACUAGAUGACUUUGGGUUAUCUAAUUUAAAAUUUGUGUGUUAGGAAUGUAAAGAUUGUGGUUUUAAUGUGCCAUUGCAAGAAAACAUUUUAAAUGA